AUGAAGGACGACGACUCGGAGAUGGCUGUGGUCUUACACGAGGACAAGAAGUACUACCCGACCGCCGAAGAGGUGUACGGACCGGACGUGGAGACCAUUGUCCAGGAAGAAGACGCCCAACCGCUCACUGAACCCAUUAUACAACCGGUUCGGCUCAAGAAGUUUUCACACGAAGUGCAAGACUUGCCCACAACUGUCUAUGACUUGGAGUAUACAGUUGUGGGCAAGUCUUGCACUUCGUGUGAAAACUUCUUGAGCCGAACCGGUUGUAUAAUGGGUUCAGUGAGCGGUUGGGCGUCUUCUUCCUGGACAAUGGUCUCCACGUCCGGUCCGUACACCUCUUCGGCGGUCGGGUAG